UGAUGAAGAGACGCAAAAAACCGGUAUACCCACAACGGUGAACAAAGGAUAUCCGCCUUACAUGGAGCGACGUGAUAUGUUCAGAUUCAUGCGUUGCAAUUUAUGGUUCACCGCCAUGUAUCGCUUACCGCUUGAACGCUAUUUCCCUGCUUGUUUGCAAUGUCUCGCCAUCACUUUGGAUUGGGCUUACGAAGUUUUUUUAUAUUUGACAUUGCUACACAUCGAUAUACUCUUUAUGUGCACCAUAUAUCUCAAUAAGGAUAAAGGCGAUUUGGAAUUGAUAGUGAGUUGUAUGAUCCAGACGGUCAUCUAUACGUGGGCAAUUGUCAUCAAAGUAUUCUUUAAACGCAUCAAACCCAAGCGUAUUCGAGAGCUAAUGCGUUACUUGAAUGAGGACUGUCGAGCACGAUCAGCGGCUGGAUUUACUUACGUAACAAUAAAGGAGAGCACCGAUUUGGCGAAUGUUUGGACUACAGUAUUCCUGAUUUGCUGUUAUGCUGGCGUCACAUUUUGGCUGUUCGUACCCAUCUUUGAUCAAGACCGCAGCUUGCCAUUAGCCUGCUGGUAUCCCAUUGAUUAUAAGGUACCAGUGGUUUACGAGGUCGUUUACUUUCUGCAAACUGUGGGUCAGCUACAAGUAGCUGGUGCCUUCGGUUGUACGAGUGCUUUCUAUUUGUUGGUAUCUGUGCUCUUCUCUGGACAAUUCGAUGUGCUCAACUGCAGUCUAAAGAAUAUUUUAGCUACCACAUAUCUGAGCUGUUUACUGAGAGAAAAACAAAACAUCGCCAACUAUGAGCUCAAUCAAUAUUAUAGCGCCAAAGAACAUAAUACCAAUUUGGACUGCAUAUCCCAUCCAUUGGACGAGAAAACCCCGAAAGACGAGCAUUUCUACGAAGCAUUUAAAAUCGCCUUUAGAUCUUGCAUUGCGCAUCAUCGUUACAUACUCCGCGGCUUAAAAAUGCUGGAAGAACUGUACACUUAUCUAUGGUUUCUCAAAACUAUUGAAGUGACAGUGCUGGUCUGCCUAGUUGCAUUCGUUUGGGUCAAGUCCACAGCCGCUAACUCGUUCUUGCGUCUGCUCUCGCUUAGUCAGUACUUACUCUUGGCGCUCUGGGAAAUGUUUAUGAUCUGCUAUGCGGGCGAAAUUAUAUUCUUGAAUAGUAAACGUUGUGAUGAGGGCCUUCAACGUAGUCCUUGGUAUUUGCAUUCUAGUGAAAUAAAACAGGAUGCUUUAUUCUUCAUACUCAACGCUCAGCGUCCUUUUCGUUUGACCGGUGGCAAGAUGUACAAUUUAAAUGUGAAGAAGUUUCGCAGUAUUUUAACCACAUCGUUCUCGAUUUUGACCAUUUUACAAAAGAUGGACCUGAGACAACAGCAACCCAAGUAA